GUCAAGUCAAAGACAGACUCUGUUCCGUGUUGAAUUCUUCCCCAACCUCUUUAUCUGCUCUACUACAAUUCACACAGAGAACAUGCGGGACAACUUAGCCUCUAAUCCAAAUCGCUCCUUAAAUAGGCACACCAUGACAAUUAUUUAUCAUCUGUAUUGUAACAAGUAUACAAUCUUCCUCCACAAUUAUUUCACCUGAUCUUCUAAUUUUAUAAUUAGUUUCAGUUCACAGAAAUCACAAAAGCAUUUUCAUCAAUGUCUGAAUUGGAGAUGAAGGUAGAAAGGACAAUUGAAUUGGUGGUUCCUUCAAAGCCAACGCCGACAGGAACACUCUACCUCUCCAACAUUGAUCUUACAGUGGUUUUCCCGGUGGAAACAGUGUAUUUUUUCGAGAACAAGUGUAUUGAUUCAAGUGCAGAUGACGUGGUGGGUAAAAUGAGGGAGUCACUUGCAGAUGUGCUGGUUGAAUACCAUUUUAUGGCUGGAAGGCUGCAGCUGAAUGUUGAGGAUGGAAGAGUAGAGAUGAGUUAUAACAGAGCUGGUGUUCUAUUUGCAGAAGCAUCUUCACAGCUUACUCUUGCCCAGCUUGGAGAUGUGUCACUUCCAAAUCCUUGUUUUAGAAAUCUUGUUCUAACCAUUGAUGAAUUCAAGGAGCUUAGCCAGACUCCUGUCUUGACCAUACAGGUCACUCGAUUCAAGUGUGGAGGAUUUUGCAUAGGAAUGGUAACCUCCCACAGCCUAGUGGAUGGCCAAUCUGCUGCAGAAUUUUUGUUUAACCUUGCAUCAAUGGCCAGGGGCCAGGGCCUCCUUAUUCAACCCAAUUUCCUUAGAACCUCUCUCAAACCUCGCUCUCCACCACAGAUCAAUUACCCCCACCAUGAAUACAUCAAGCUCAACAAUCUCCCUAUAGAAACAUCAUUCACCACCUCGGACACACAAUCACAUUCUCCUAUCACACUACCACAAAACAAAUCAUUCAGAGUUUUUACCUUUUCUUCAGAGAUGUUACAAUGCCUAAAGCAAAAGUCCCUGCAAGACAAAAGCUUAAGCAAAUGCUCCACUUUUGAAGCCAUGGUGGCUCAUCUAUGGCAGGUUAGAACUAAGGCAAUUUUCAAUGACCCAAAACAGACAAGCACAGUUUUAUUUGCAGUGGACAUAAGGUCCAGAAUGGUUCCUCCCCUGCCCAGAGGAUUUGUUGGCAAUGGAGUUUCCUCUGCCAUCGCAAGUGCUUCUGUGGAGGAAAUCAAGCAGCAUAAUCUCUCAUUUUGUGCUGCAAAGAUUCAGAACGCCAUAGCUUCCAUGACAGAUGAUUAUGUGAGGUCUGCAAUAGAUUGGCUUGAGAUAAACCGUGGAAUUCCUGCUGUCAUUAAUGACAGUUUCUUUUUAUCUGCUUGGUGGAAGCUGCCUUUCUAUGACUUAGAUUUUGGAUGGGGGAAGCCUUUGUAUGCAGGUCCUGUUGUCAGUGGCAUGUCUGAAUUUGUUCUUUUGCUCUCCAAUGGCUCUCAAGGAGGAGUGAAUGUGUGGCUUAUGCUGGAACCUCAUCAGAUGGAGAUAUUUGAAGGCCAUGUUAUGGACAUAUAACUAUGCUUUUAUGUAUUGCAGGUAUAAAUAAUGACAAGCUUUCCAAUAGAAGCUUUGCUUCUGAACUCCAGAAUGUGAAAAAGAACACAGAAAGUGUAAUUGUAAUUAAUCUUAAUAGUAGCUUUUCAUUUGCAAUGAGCUUUGGGUAUCUAUUAAUUACUCCGUAAAAAUAUUAAGGAAAAGCUCUAUCACAGUUGGCAAAAAAUGUAAUUAGAAAAAAAAACUUUGAUCAUAUAAAGCUUUCUAUUUUUCCCUA